UUAAAACUGGUUGUAAACCGGUUGUAAACCAACGCAGACAUGUUGGACAUACUAAAACCGGAGUUUUUUGCUAUCAAGUACAACUUUUCAUGAAAAAAUCGCAAAGUCCCCGCCCCCUGCUACAGAGGCUCUUCUGGGCGUCUCAUGGCCGUCCUCCUUCUCCUGUUGAUGUUACCCACUCUACUCAAUGGUAAACUUCUCACUACGACAGCGCUGGUCGGGGAGGACGUCUCUCUGUCGAACGACCCAAAGCUCUCCACAGACCUGACUGAGACGCCAGUGAAAUGCUACACGGACAAAAUGCUCAGAACAAAUGACUUCGUCUUUAAGAAGGACAAACCUCCCAAGGACAAUUCUAAACUACUGAGUCCCGAGUACAGAGGGCGAACGAGGCUGUCAGACGAAGACCUGAAGAGAGGAAUCGUCUCCCUCAGACUGUACAACGUCACACGGGCCGAUGAAGACAACUACUACUUCGUGUUGCCCUCCGGGAGAUACAAGAUCCAGCUUCUCAUAGGUGUCGUGUCCUCCGUUACCAUCACCCUGGUGGAAAGCCCCGACUGCAGCCCUGGAGAUAAGCCCCGAGUCACACUGAGGUGUGAGUCCGUGGGCUGGUACCCCCGCCCACAGCUCUCCUGGUGGACCGAUGGAGGCCUCCGCCUGCCUGCUGUCACCAUGAACACCACCUGGGACCCCACCGGCCUGUGCACCAUCAGCAGCACCGUGGUGGUGGAGAGGGGCCAGGGAGCCGGGAACUACAGCUGUAGAGUUCACCAGGAACGGUUCAACCAGACCAGGGAGGCGGAGAUAGCCCUUCAGGAGGACCAGUUCCCGUCCUGUUCUCGGAGAGAACAGCGUCGCCCCUGGGGGUUGGUCCCUGCCCUGGUGAUCUUUUUCUGUGCCUUUGUCUUGUUGGUGAUCGCCCGCAGAAAAUAAAACUCAAAAUCUUCAGACAGAAAUGAAGAACCGGCCAUGAACUUCAAACUCCUCAGGCCUGUUGAAGACGCUAUCACACGCAUGUAGCUUGAGGGUGGAUUUCUGUCAUAUGCUGCAUUUUCAUGGAGUUUAAUUUAACUCUAAGAAUCGUGAAUUACCGAGGGGCGUUUGUGUAGCGUACCCUUAUAGGAAGUGCCUUAUUGGCUGCUCUUAACUAGGGUUGGUCAUCGUUUGGGUUUUCCUAUACCAGUGCCCUCUCUGUACUUUUUAAACGGUUCCGGUGUUAAAACGGUUCUCGAACCGGUACUUUAAAAAAACGAAACCGCACACACUUGCAAUACAUGCUCGACUUGCUAUGACUUUCACAUUAAGCAGAAAGUCAGCGGACAAUGAGUUGAAGUUUAGGAUAUAGCACACGUUGUCACACACGUUGUUGAAUUGUAACAGCGUGUGUGCAAGAUUUACUGUUGGCAUUCAAUUCCUCAACUUGCACAAAGAGGAAAGGCUGCUGUGAGUGCUGUGACUGAACAUUAAGAAAAUGUUUAUCAGUGCAUGGUGAAACAUUACUGCCAGUCAUAUUAGGUAAUAUGACGCAGGUGCUCAAGGCAGCCACAGGAGUCGCCAACAUUGUUUUCAACCCCUCGGUACCACGCCGUAUUAUUUAAAAGUGUUGGAAGCGAAUAAGCUACUGUGUUUUUGAUUUGUUUAUUUGGUUUUCCUGAUUGGAUACGUCUGCACCGUCAAAAAGUUGAAUAAUGUUAAACUUUUCGGCAGACGGAUCCGUCAUCCAAUCAGAUGGCAUAUGCACAUUUAAGCACUGUGACACUACUUGGGCUCUGACGACCUUGGAAAGCUCCCCAAUACGUUAAUGAAUCGCUACAAAUAAAUCGUACUUAAAGUAGUGUUAACUUAAUAUAUAUAGUACUACUACAUGGAAUAAACUUGUCAGACGCAUUCCUACCUUCUUCACUUUUAAUUGUAUUAUUACUAAAGAUUUUGUUAUCACAUAUUUUGGACACGUAUUUAGAAUUAAACAAUGUUGUUUGAAUCAUCACAAAACAGAUCUACUGUACAUAUGAGACAUUUUGAGCCAGUGAGUUAGUGAGAAAGAUUGCACUGCCUUGUUUGCCUAGUUUGGCUCAUCCUGAGACACUCAUGCAACUUCUCAUGGGUCAUGGAGCAACGUGCCCUUGUUCUGAUGGCAUUCAUAUGAGAAAAGCUAGACUCAUAUGUAUCGGUUGAGCCAAACAUUGUCAGAAUAAGUGAUGCCAGUUCCUGAUUGUGGGGUACUGAUACUGGCUAGUAUCACCGGCUACACCCAGAAACCUGAUUUGCAUGCAACUGUGUUUCUCCUUUAUUUAUUUAUUUUUUGCAUGCAACUUAUUGCGGGCCAGAAAAAAAUUAAGAGGGGCCACAUUUGGCCCACGGGCCGCUAGUUGAAUAGGCCUGGUCUACAGUAUAACAAAUUAACAUGGCCUGGGACCUAAAGAAAAACAGGCACAACAUGCUCAAACAACGCGUCUUGUGUACAUUGGUGAGGUGAGCACGCAGCUGCCUGAGCGAGCGUGCUUUCAUGUUGUACGGUAAAAUUCAAUCUCCUCUUUUUUACUCCAGAUAAAGUUGUUAGUUAGCAAGGCAAGUAGGAGCGCAAUCUGCAGGAUACUAAGCGCAAUAACAUUUCUAAAAAAAAAAAAAAAAUCUGUUGUAAUCGUCGUCUUUUUGGCAGAUGUCGAUUAUUUUCAAAGGCUAUAAUCGGCCGAUUAAAUCGGCAGGCCGAUGAAUCGGUCGGGCCCUAGUGUGGUUAGCUAAUGAGGUGCAGACGUUCCUCUCUUUGGUUUUUUGAUUCAUUCAUCGUUUUUGAAACCCGGUUUUAUUUGAUUCUAUGACAUGUUUACAUGUGAAGCACAUGUGUAUGAAAUGAUGCUUGAAGGCCGGACCGGUCAUAACUGCACCGUCAUUAAACAUCACUAAUCACUGUCAGCAUGUCAAAAAUCACAGCUCCCCACUGGUUUGUAUGGAAGAACUUUUUUAAGCAUAUUGGAAAGAGUUUACUGUUUACAAUCAGAUUUUUUAAGUUUUGAGUUUGGGUUAUAAGUUUGAGCUGCUGGCUGAGGUUACAAACAUAGGAGACAAACGGAGCUUGCUUUCAAUGUUCAAAACGUUGAUUUAAUAAAGCUGUGACUGCAAUCAAACCCACUCGUGUCAUAAUUUCAUGGACGGCACUUCUUGAGUUCUUGCGAGUGGUUUUGCACAACUGUAGUGGAAAAGUCCAUAUGUCGCUUACCUUUCAAUCACAUUGAAGCUGUGUCUCUUAUUCCUUGUGUUACCUAGCAGCCCAUCUAGCUCCCCUUGUGGUUCACCUUAUCCAGGGGUAAACCGGUCACAAGGAAGGAAGCAGUGAGCCCUGACCAUGGCCCUGACGCAUUCAUCUGCUUGACGAGUUGAACUCUGAACUCUGUUCUUCAGGUUAACAUCUCCCUCCUUUGAUUACUGACUUCUGUUUCGGAGGGGGUGAACCUGUUAAAGGGCUCUGUGAGUAUAUGGUGGGCCCUGUCUGCUAGAGAGAAGACGUGUUAAUGGGUUCAUUUUCCACAACUAUUGUGUGCUUUUUUGAAUUUAGAAGUCUCAUCUGUCCGAGACGCAAUAUCUCAAAGAAAUUGCCACGAGACAGAGAACCAGAUAGACAUAGCUACAGACAGAGAGACACACAGAGACACAGACGAGACAGACACACACAAACACACACACAUAGAGACACACUGCCACAAAAACACAUACACAAAGACCGAAAGACACAGAGACGACUACACAGACACUCAUAGUCAGAUGCAUAGAUAGAAAAUCAAAACACCAGACAAGCGGGUCGAGAUCCAGAUACAGAGGCACAGACAGGACAUCGGGCAGUCGUCAUGACGAUG